CUUUUUGUUAAGGAAGACCCCAAACAUUUUAUCGUAGCGACUAGUGAUGUUUCCUUGUUUUCUUUCCAAAAAUAAAAAACGAAAAUAGAAUUCCGGAAAAAAUAACAGACGAAAUUUACUCCAAAUUUAGAAUUUGGGAAUUUCCCGAAGAAAAUUCGAUCAAACUCUACAAAUUUCAAUAGAACAAGAGAAAAAGUAUAUAUGACUUUUAGUUUAUAAACCAUGACAUCAUGUCAAACAGCAGGAAAAAGAAGAAUGAUACUGAGGCUGUUGUAGCAGAGGCCAUGAGAGAGGUUAAUAUGGCAAUGAGAGAAGUUGCCCAAGCUACAGCACCAUUGAGAAAAAUGUCUAAUAAUAAAAAUUUACAUGAUAUUGAAUCGGAUUCAUUACCAUAUCAUGAACCAGUUUCAUCUGAACCCAAGAUAGAAACAAAAGGAGGAGCCAUACAAAUCAAGAAGCCAGGAUUAUUUGGAAAUUCUAGUACUACUAUUAACAUACAAAGUGCUCAGAACAUUCAGAUUGGUAAUAAUAAUACUAUGAUAAUAAACAGUAGUAGCAGUAGGAGAGUGAGAACUCGUGAUCUAUCUCCACCACCUAAGCCAGCCAAAGUAGACAAAGAAAUAGUCAGACAAGUUCAAGCAUCCACACGUUUAUUAGAAGAUACAGAUUUAAAUAUGGUGUCAUCUAAAUUUAUGGGAAAGCAGUGGAGAAGAACUUUACGAUUGGUUGGCUUAGAAGAUAUAGAAAUAGAGAGUAAAUACCAGGAUUAUUAUUCUAAUGGUAUCAAAGAAAUCUCUUACCAGUGUCUCAAAUACUGGAAACAGAAAAAUCCUGACACUGCAACAGUCGGUCACUUAGCAACAGCUCUUAGUGAAGUAUUUCAUCCUGAUGAAGUCUGUGACAAAUUUAAACCUUGAUCAUGUUUAUGAUUAAACAUAACUGUGAUUAUAUCAAUAUUUGUAAUAUCUGAUUUUUUCAUUACUGUUUCUAAAAUGUUAAGGCAAUUGAAAAAUGGCUGCCUGUACCAUACAAGUCUUAAAAUUUGGUGCUGUUUUUGCUUUAUCGUUAAAAAAAUCAGCUAGGCAGAACUUUAGAUUUAUUAUUAUUUGUGGGAUGUCAUUUUUUAUGGCUUCUGUUGGUAAAUGGAAACCACAUUUAAAUGUUCAACAAAUAACACAUUUUCUAUAGGGUUGAAUGCAGAAUUUUGGAAAACUAUUAAAUCUUAUAUCCACAAAAUCACAUUUUACCUUAAUCUAUGAAAAAUUGAAACUAACCAAAAAAUACCUGCUAACUGUCAAUAUUUGCCAGGGAUUUCCCCAAUGGAGGCUCCCAAAUUGAAAUUUUGAAAUUGCAAUUUUGUCCACAAUUUAAACAAAACAAUUAAUUUUACAAUGACUUCAGGCUUAUAAAACUAUGAAAAAGUCAAAAAACAACAUUUAGAUGUAUUUGCAGUCCCCCUUGAAGAUUUUUUAGGACUAUGACAGCCAUCUUGCAUGCAAAAACCCCAUGGGCAUUUCGAAAAUUUGGCAGUUAUGCCAAAAUAAGAAAGUUAGCAGUAUUUCAGAUCAAUAGAAUCCUGCUUAUUUUUUUCCUGUAUGAACAUUUUGCGAAAAGA